GGCUCACACUAAAUGGGGUUUAUUGACCGCUUUAUCUUUGAUAUAUGAUUGGAGCACUUAAGCCCGCAGCCAGCGCUAGCAAGUGGGUUUAUCUAUGUUGCGAAUGUGGAUUUUUAAUUAAAAUCAAUUAGGCGCAACAUUCACACACACACACAUAAAUCAAAAAACAAACAUAACACAGCACAACUGAGCGCAUACAAAUUUCGUAUAAUUUCAAAUCACACAUAAUUACAACAACAACAUAUAAAUAGUUGACCAAAUUCCGCGCUUAACCUGUGGUGCACAACCACAACCCAUGGACAUAAUUGCCCUAAUUGGAAACAACGGCAGCAGAGCAGCAGCUUCGGUAGCAUGGCACAAUUUACGCUCUACAACAAACACAAUGCACCGCCCAACAACGAUAUCAUUACACGCGUCGACUGCGAUUGCGAACAUGUCCGGCUUUGCUCCGUCAACGAUGUUCAGUUAAGGUUCCUUGUGCCCGACGAUCUGACCGAGGUGCGGACACUGUGCCAAGAAUGGUUUCCAAUCGACUAUCCACUGUCAUGGUACGAGGAUAUUACCUCAAGUACGCGAUUCUUUGCGUUAGCUGCUGUUUAUAAUCUGGCCAUAAUUGGUUUAAUUGUUGCCGAAAUCAAACCGUAUCGAAAUGUUAAUAAGGAGGUAAUAGCCAAUUACAGUGAUAGUGAUGAGUUUUACACCAGGCUGAGCGGUUUUCCCAUGCAGGACAAAGGCAUAUUGCCCGACUCGAUGGGUCGCACCGCAGACGUUGGCUACAUAUUAUCGCUGGGCGUUCAUCGCACGCAUCGUCGGAAUGGCAUCGGUUCGCUGCUGUUGGACGCACUGAUGAAUCAUUUGACGACAAUUGAAAGACAUGCGGUUAAGGCGAUAUUUCUGCACACGCUGACAACAAAUCAACCUGCCAUAUUUUUCUACGAGAAGAGAAGAUUUACGUUACAUUCGUUUCUGCCCUAUUACUACAAUAUACGGGGCAAGGGCAAGGACGGUUUUACGUACGUGACCUACAUAAAUGGCGGCCAUCCACCUUGGACAUUAUUAGAUCACAUCAAGCACUAUGCCUCCAAGUUGCGACACACGGGCAGCCUGUGCGUUUGGGCUGCUGCUCGUGUCCAGCGUGUGGUGCGUUGGUUCUACCACAAGCUGUUAACACGCUUCAAUGUCAUCGAAUGAGCCGAACGGACUGCAACCCACCCCAAAACACCAUCAGCCUUUUUACUGAGAACUGAGGAGACACCAACAACUGGCAACCGGCGACUGCCAUCUGUAAUAAUCAUCAAUAGAUACACGAAGAACAACAACAAAAAAACACCAUCCAUUUUAAGUGUUAGGCGAGCCAAAUCAUUUCGUUUUGUAUACACACACACACAGAUUUAAGCAAAACAAUAAGAAAAAUGUUAAAAGUUGUAAAAUAGUCUAAUACAUGUAUUAUUACGUUUUUACAUAUGUAUAUGUUCACCUGCUGUAAAUAGUCGUAUCAUCUUUUAUUUAAAAAAAAAAUGCUGUACAAUUAACUAUAGCGCAAGUGAUUUGUAUAC